GAAUUCCCGGUUGGUGGCUUAUUGCUUAACAUCCUACAAAAUGAUUUAAAAUUAUUGUCAUAUGCAUUUAUCUUCACUUUGAUGAGGGCUCAGACGUGAUAACACCUGUGGUUCCCUGUCCCCGUGGGAGCUGGCGUGCGGGCUGCCUGCUGCCUCCCCUCCAUUAGCCACAGCUAUUGGAUUUCCCACCCAGAAUCUUUAGGUAAAUGAGAUCAUGAUUCUGGAAGGAAGUGGUGUGAUGAAUCUCAACCCCAGCAACAACCUCCUCCACCAGCAGCCAGCCUGGACAGACGGCUACCCCACCUGCAAUGUUGCCAGCGGGUUUUUUGGAGGCCAGUGGCAUGAAAUCCAUCCUCAGUACUGGACCAAGUACCAGGUGUGGGAGUGGCUCCAGCACCUCCUGGACACCAACCAGCUGGACGCCACCUGCAUCCCUUUCCAGGAGUUCGAUGUCAACGGCGAGCACCUGUGCAGCAUGAGCCUGCAGGAGUUCACGCGGGCGGCGGGGGCGGCGGGCCAGCUUCUCUACGGCAACCUGCAGCACCUCAAGUGGAAUGGCCAGUGCAGCAGCGACCUGUUCCAGUCCGCACACAAUGUCAUCGUCAAGACAGAACAAAGUGAUCCUUCCAUCAUGAACACCUGGAAAGAAGAAAACUUUUUAUAUGACACCAACUAUGGUAGCACAGUAGAUUUGUUGGACAGCAAGACGUUUUGUCGGGCCCAGAUCUCCAUGACGAGCAUGGGUCACCUUCCUCUCGCAGAGUCACCUGAGAUGAAAAAGGAGCAAGACCACCCUGCGAAGUCCCACGCCAAAAAGCACAAUCCACGAGGGACCCACUUAUGGGAAUUCAUCCGUGACAUCCUCCUGAACCCAGACAAGAACCCAGGGUUAAUCAAGUGGGAAGACCGGUCUGAGGGCAUCUUCAGGUUCUUGAAAUCAGAAGCUGUGGCUCAGUUAUGGGGCAAAAAGAAAAACAACAGCAGCAUGACCUAUGAAAAACUCAGCCGAGCGAUGAGAUAUUACUACAAAAGAGAAAUUCUGGAACGUGUAGACGGAAGAAGACUCGUAUACAAAUUUGGGAAGAAUGCACGUGGAUGGCGAGAAAAUGAAAACUGAACCUGCCAACACUUUGAGCACGAACCCAAACAUUACCCCAAAUGAUAGCCAGCCAAGAGCUCCUGGACAUAAGUAUUUCAAAGACUACUUUUCUCUGAUAUUUAUGUACCUUGAGGGGGAAAACCAUCUACUUCUAAUGGGAAGAAGGAACACUACAGUUGAUAAAAUUAUUUUGUUACUUUGAAGUAUGUCCUAUAUGGGGGACAAACGUACACAGUUUUCUGUGAAAUAUGAUGCUGUAUGUGGUCGUGAUUUGUUUUUGCCUCUAUUGUGAAGUUCCUUUCCAUGGCAAGAAAGGCAGAAUCUGUAGCCUUGUGCUUCUUGCUAAGAGAAAGAGAAAAAAAUUAGAGGGCAUUAAAUGUUUUUAUAUUAGGAAAAGGUGACAUGUCCUCUGUGUGUAAGCAUCCACAUGGCCUCAUCGGGAGAGGCGGGAGAGGUCACUAAGGUGAACUCCAAGGUCUCAGAUUGACAGGGUGAACCCAAGGAUGCUGGGAAGUUUAACCUGACCUUUUGGAGCCAGUGAGGGGAGCAUGAAGACUUCCAAAAUCCAAGUGGACUAUAAUCACUUCAUAAUCACAUGACUUGCCAUGUUUAAAUCAGCAGAAUAAUGGUGAAGGCUUUCUACUCAUUCAAGAAUGAUUUACCUGACGCCAAGGCUGUCUCUCUCCCUCCCUCUUCGAUGAUUGGGGGAAAAAACUUCAAAUGCCGUCUCUGCUCACUUCUAGGUAUUUAAGAGAGAGUUUAGCCUUGGUUGUUUUCAAUCCCAAUUGUUUGAAAAUAAAUGGGAAAAAGGAAGUGGUGAUGAGUUUGCUCUUGUAUUCCUACAGCCCAUCGAUUCUCGAUGAACAAAAUGGAUGUUUUUGGCUAAUUCUUUUUUGUGCAUUAUUUGGCUGUCUUGUGCUUGUAGGUUGUUUAGCGGGAUCUGUGACCUUUACCCACUGGAUGCCAGUGCCCUCCCUUCCCCAAAGUUGUGACAUCUUCAGAUGUUGCCACAUUUCCCUUGAAAAAGGGCAAAAUUGUCCUUGAUUGAGAACCACUGAGGCAGCCCGCCGAGACGAAGACGGCGAUUUACUCUCAGAACAAAAAUAUGUGUAGAUCUUUCAGUUCCCAGAGUGAAGUAAAAGUAAGACUUCAAAGUCAAUCAAUUUUUAAAUUUUAAAAUAUUAGGGACAAUGGGAAUUUUAGAAAUGGGAAAUCUAGAGGGGAUUUUCAGAAUCCCAGAUGAGAGCCAAAGUCAGAGAAGUUAAACAGAGUAAUGUAACAAGAAUUAUAAUAGAAGACAUUUCACUAGAAUGGCAAAGCAGAGUAAAAAUUACAUUGCAAAAGGAAAUGCUGAGAGAAGAAUGAGAGGGGGGGAGAGAGAGAGAGCGAGAG